AUGAAUAGUCUUGGAACUGGUGAAGCUGAUGACUUGAACUUUCUCUCUUCUUUGACCAAUGCCUCAGACUUGUAUUUUCUUGCCCUAAGUGGGAACAAUUUCGGAGGGAUGUUGCCUGAAUCCAUUAGCAAUCUAUCCACCAAUCUUGCAUUUCUAUUCCUAGACGGAAACAAAUUAUCUGGAAACAUCCCAAUCGGGAUAGGGAAUUUAGUCAAUUUGGAGGAUGUUGAACUGUUUGGGGAGAUCCCACUGGUUUUGGAAAAUUUAUCUUUCUUAUAUAAACUUCAUGUAAGUGCAAUUAAUUUUCGUGGUAGCAUCCCCACAAGUCUUGGGAAAUGCCAAAAAUUGGAAACACUAUGUCUAGCUCGAAACAAUCUUGGCGUCACAAUUGCUCGAGAAGUUAUUAGUCUGUCAUCAUUGCUAGAACUAAAUUUAUCUCAAAAUCAUUUGAUUGGUUCCCUUCCAAUGGAAAUCAGAAAUUUAAAAAACACAGAAACAUUGGAUGUUUCUGGCAACAGGUUUUCUGGGGUAAUUCCAAGCACUCUUGGUAGCUACGUGAAAUUGGAAAGCCUAAAAAUGGUGAGCAACAAUUUCAGAGGGAUCCUUCCUUCGUCUUUGAGUUCUUUGAGAGGUGUUCGAGUAUUAGAUCUUUCUCACAAUAAUUUAUCAGGCCAAAUCCCAAACUACUUGGAGAGCUUUGUAUUCUUGGAGAAUCUGAAUCUAUCAUUUAAUGAUUUCGAAGGUGUGGUGCCAACAACAGGCCUCUUUAAGAAUGCGACUGGAAUUCGUGAGCAAGAUGGACCAGCUGUUAUUGUGAAAGUACUUAACAUUCAAUUUCGUGGAGCUUCCAAGAGUUUCAUUGCUGAGUGUGAGGCCUUGAGAUGCAUUAAGCAUCACAAUCUUGUCAAGGUACUCACUAUAUGUUCGGGUGUUGAUUAUAAUGGUAAUGAUUUCAAAGCUCUAGUUUAUGAGUUCAUGGUCAAUGGGAGCUUAGAGGAGUGGUUGUAUUCAAAGGAAAAUGAAGGUGAGGAGCAAAGGGAGUCAAGAAAUUUGAGUCUUCCACAGAGAUUAAAUAUUGCAAUUGAUGUUGCUUCUGCACUUGAUUAUCUACACCAUCAUUGCCAAGAAACAAUCGUUCAUUGUGAUUUAAAGCCAAGUAAUGGUCUUUUGGACAUUGAAAUGAAUGGACAUGUAGGUGAUUUUGGGUUAGCGAGAUUGCUUUCAGAAGCUACCUACAACAACUCUUGCAGAAAUCAAUCAAGUUCUAUUGGCAUAAGAGGAUCUAUUGGUUAUGUUGCUCCAGAGUAUGGUAUGGGAAAUGAGGUGUCGACAUUUGGGGACGUGUACAGUUAUGGCAUCCUCUUAUUGGAAAUGUUUACAAGGAAGAGACCCACCGAUAACAUGUUCAGUGAAGGUCUAAAUCUCCAUAACUUUGCUAAAAUGGCUUUGCCUGAACAAGUCGCGCGAAUUGUUGAUCCAAAUCUGCUUCAACAACGACAAGAGGAGGAAGCGAGCUCUAGUGACAACAACACUCAAAGUGAGAUUCAAAGCCAUGCUAUUGCAAUUGGUAGCAGUGAAAAAAUUGAGUUCUUGAUUUCAGUAAUUAAAGUUGGAGUUGCAUGUUCAGAGGAGCUGCCGAGAGAUUGA